AAGGCGGGACGGCCGCCGUGCAUGUCGGGAUCGCCUCUUGUAGCUUAGAGACGCCGGGAAAUAAACAAGGGCGGACGGGCCCGUUUGCCGCGCUUGUGCCAUGGCUGCCGGGGCAGGUGGGGUGUGGAACCCUUCGGCUGCUGGUUGCGGGGACGGUGACUGUGAGGAGCGGCUUCGUCGCCUUCAGGCGCACCUCCGGGACAGUGAAACAAAGAGGAUGGAGCUGGAAAGAGAAAUGCUUGAAUACAGAAAACCUGAUACUUGCAUGACUAAUUUGAAAUACAUGCAGCUAAAAAAAUACCUGAAAGAAAUAUGUGAACGUCAAAAGAAAUCAUUGCUUCGUAACCAGGAUUUGUUGAAAGAAUUUGAUUCCAUUGAAGCUCAUAUUAAGAAGUUUGCUUCAAGUUCAGAAUCCCUUCAGAAGCUAAAGGCAGAAUAUGAAAGAGAAAUUAAAAGUAGAUGGAGACUUAACACAAAACAUAUAUUAAAAAGUGAGGAGAGUGGUGAUGCUAAAAACCAGAAAAUGCCAGAAGCAAGACAGGCAGGAAUUAACAACAGGACAGCCAUGUCAAGAGGACUGUAUCACACGGCAACAAUCUUUAUGGGCCGCCAAAUGUCAGCUGUCUCAAGCGUUGACGAUUUCAGUGCGCCGCAGAAAUCUUCCAAGCUCACAAAGAGCUUUUCAAUUUCUGACCCACAUUCACAUAGACAACCAUCACAGAAUAGUUAUAUGACAGACAGCUGUGUAGUACAAAUGAAUAAUGAUCUACAGCGCUCAAAUAAGUCUGACAAAAUAGAUGGAAAGACAUAUCUGUUGAUGGGCAAGGAAACACCAGUCACAUCCAAUGUAUCACAUGCGGAUGGAAGAAUUUGCUGUUCAGCUGUAGAAAGCAAGACAAAUAAUUGCAGUAGUAAUUCUGUGGAAAGCAAAAUGUCUGCUGAACUCAAUUCCCUGUUACAUGAAAGAUUAAGUCCCGAGAACAGACCUACCGAUUUAAAGAGUGGCACUUUCUGCAAACCAGUGGAAGAAAUACUGACACAUGAGCAUUUUGGAAAUGAACAGAGAUCUGAACAACCAAAUUCAUUGCCGUAUUGCUCUGAACAACUUGUUUCUGGAAAUGAACACUUGAGAGAAAAAAUCCCAGGUCUCAGAAAUAGCCUACAACUGGAUACAAAUGCCCAGGAAGAAGAUGAAAGUUCAAAUGGAAGCACUGAUCUCACAGUUUCCCUAAGUAACAGUGAGGAUGAGGAUGAAACAAAUCCGCAAAAACUACAACAAAGUGGACAAGAUGUAGUCUACAAUAUGUCUUUAAAAUCAGUUAGCCCAACAUAUAAUAAGAAAGAAAAAUAUCCAUGUUCACAAACGUUAUGUCGUGAUACUUCUAGUGGCGGUUCAUCCCCUAGUCCUGCAACAAGACUGUGUUUGUCCUUUGAAGGAUUUUCUCAUCUCCUGACAUUCAUAGAAGACUCAGUGGCAGGAACAACUCCUGAAUGCCUGGUGUUAUACCAAUAUAAAACUGUGCCUGUUGCAGAACUGGAGACACUUAUAAGUCUCUGUAAUGAAACUGGCAACUUGAAACAAGAAGACCUUGAGUUAUGUGAAGCACUUGUCCUUCAUCAGCUGCAGAGAUUAUUGCAAAGUACAGCAAAUGCAUGCCUUUUACCAGAGAAUCCGUUUAAUGACAAAAGUGAGAUGCUCAAUGGAAAACAAAUCAGGUCUAAAUUAACACCUUAUUUCGCAAUGACAUGGAAACGUUUAAGCGAGCAUGUCUUAUUCCUGCAAAAGCACCAUGUUUUACUUGAACAAGAAGCAAAAAAGAUGUUUGGUACCUUAUUGAUUUCAGGAAAACAUGAAGGAGAUGGCUCGAUCACACCAGAAUUGAAAGAGAGCUUGCCAGAAAAAUAUGAAAACAGGUCCAUUGCAGUUAGCCCUCAAGAACAGGUCUCUUGUGAUUCACAGAAGAAUGGUCUAAAAAAGCAAGAAGUCACAAGCUGGUGUGAAGAUGAGAGCAGGGAAGAAAGCCUGGUGGAAAAGAUUCCUAUUACAGGUUUGAAUAUUGAUGGAAGUGGUUUAAAGGAACAGAAAAGUGAUAGAACCAGUUCAGAGCCUAGUUUUUCAUCUCCGGAAAGAAGAAGCUCUUUGUCAAGGUUUGAAAAUGGAGGGAAAAUAGUAUCUACAAUAAAAUCCAAAGCUUUCUGGGGUGAGUCUGAUGACAGCAACUCUGAAAUUGAAGCAGCUCUGCGUCCUCAAGUGCAUUGCUCACAUAAUGAUGAAUUCGAUGACUUCUAUGAUUAAGAGCCAAGAGUAUACACAUGCACAUACUAAACAUUUUCUGGUAGUUUUUCCUGCAUCCAGGAAGCAAUGACAGGGCACAGUAUAGUUUGUGCACUUUUUCCUGUUGGCCAUAUUUUUACUUCAGAUGCCACAGUGUGCUUUCCCUCCCUGCUGGGCACUGAAUGUAUAUCUGCAGGUGAGCAUAUCUCCAAGAACUAAGAAUUAGCCCUUUCAAAGAUGUGCUUGAAAUCCACAGUGAUUUUGUAGUGAGAAACUGAAAAUAUGGUGUGCCCUCAAGUUAGGUAUGUCCCUUCCACUUUUCUCUACUCCUGAUUGUUCCCCUCCAGGCUCUUUUUCAUGUUCUUAAAAGGGCCAUUAGGUUGUGGGUAAAUAUGUUUACAUAUCGUAUAUUGCCUUAAAUUCCUGUAGGAACAAAGAUAUGCUGUUAUUGACACCAUUACAGAUCUAGUUAGGUAUUUUACCUUGA